CAUUGUCUCUCUUUGCUUUCCAAUAGACAACCUUAAAGCCACUUUUCAUCAAGAAGAAACACAAAAACCCUAAACAAAACCACUCAUCAAACUUAUUAGUGUCUAAUGGCACUCGUUAAUGACCAUCCCAACGAGACUAAUUACUUGUCAAAACAAAAUUCCGCCUCUUCCGAAGAUCUCUCUUCGCCGGGAUUGGAUCAGCCAGAUGCAGCUUAUGCCGGUGGAGGAGGAGGAGGCUCGGCUUCGAGCAGUAGCACUAUGAAUUCCGAUCAACAACAUCAAGGGUUUGUGUUUUACCCAUCCGGUGAAGAUCCUCAUAACUCUUUGAUGGAUUUCAACGGAUCAUCAUUUCUUAACUUCGAUCAUCACGAGAGCUUUCCUCCUCCAGCCAUAAGCUGUGGUGGUAGUAGCGGUGCCGGCGGCUUCACCUUCUUGGAGGGAAAUAACAUGAGCUAUGGCUUCACAAAUUGGAAUCAUCAACAUCAUAUGGAUAUUAUUAGCCCUAGAUCCACCGAAACUCCCCAAGGCCAGAAAGAUUGGUUAUAUUCUGAUUCAACUGUUGUAACCACUGGUUCUAGACACGAGUCUAUGUCGCCUAAAUCCGCUGGAAACAAACGUUCUCACACGGGAGAGAGCACUCAACCAUCCAAGAAACCGAGUAAUGGCGUGAACGGGAAGGCCAAGAUUAAGCCAACAACUUCACCUAAAGAUCCACAAAGCCUAGCAGCCAAGAAUCGAAGAGAAAGGAUAAGUGAACGUCUCAAGAUUUUGCAAGAACUUGUUCCCAAUGGUACCAAGGUUGAUUUGGUGACAAUGCUUGAGAAGGCUAUUAGUUAUGUCAAGUUUCUUCAAGUACAAGUUAAGGUACUUGCGACCGAUGAAUUUUGGCCGGCCCAAGGAGGAAAAGCUCCAGACAUUUCUCAAGUUAAAGAUGCCAUUGAUGCCAUUCUCUCCUCAUCACAACGAGACAGGAAUUCGAAUCUGAUCACCAAUUAAUGAAGGGUUUAAUAAUUAAUAAAUCAGUUACUCAACA